AUGAACGAAAGGCACGCAACUCACGACAAUGCCAAGAACAAUGUGUCAGCAGUGUCACCCUAUCGAUCUGAAGAGCAGACCAGCGUCGGCAGUCCGGCCACCGAGGUAGACAUGAACAAUGAUGACACCAACACUUCGUCUCUGUUGAAAACCUCCGCGGUGUUUCCUUGCGCGUAUUGUGAUAAUAUCUGCGGCAGUCCCGGAGAGCUGAGAAAUCAUGAGCAGGAACACGCUGCUUUAAUGCCGUACCGCUGCUCUGUUUGCGGAAAGGGGUUCAAGCACAAGAGGUCGCAAAAUCGUCAUAAGAAGCUGCACUCGGGACUGCGGAAGUACAAGUGUACGAUGUGCGAGUCCGGAUUUUUUCGAUCAGACCAUCUGAAGCUGCACAUGAAGACCCACGAAAUAUCGAAAUAUCCUUUUUUCUGCGUCUUGUGCCAACGAGGCUUCAACUCCAACUCUGCGCUUGAAAGUCAUUUGUUGGUUUAUCACAAGAAGGACUCCGUGCCGGUGUCUUCAGAGGGUGAUGAGAAAAAAGCGUGGACAGAGGACCAAGACGGAGUAGAAAAUCUGAUGAGUGGUGGUGGCGGCGAUUCGGCAGCGUCAGCUUUCGACAGCCGCUUCCAGUUGUGUAGCAUAUGCAAUGUACGGAUGAACUCGUCGGAAGCGCUGUUGGCGCAUCUUGACGCAGAGCACAGCCUGAUCAACGGGACAUUCCCGUUCGCCUCUAGUCCACUGCUGAACUAUCCGUAUAGCGUCAUCUCUGAACAGUGCGACAGCGAUGCUCAGGAGUCGUUCAACGGCCACAUGGGGGCCAGGAACGAGCUGAAGUCGGACGACGGCUGUUCGCCGUCAGGAGCCACUAUGGACGCCAUCAUGAACGGUGGAUCGGCUGCAACGGCCGCUGCGUUUUGCAACGAGUCGAUUUCUUGCGGUCUCUGCGACGAGGUGUUUCUGUCCGUAGAUCACCUGCAGAAGCACACGUUGCACAAACACUCGCUUAAGGAACUGGAGGCCAGCUCGGAUCCGACCUACGACUGCAACUUGUGCAGUCGAACGUUCGACAGUAUCCUGGCCUUGCAUUGUCACGCAAGUGCCGUCCACAGCACGGCCACGUCCGGCAACGGCGACGCGACCACCGGCGGCGGCAGCUGCAGCACGGCUAGGUCCAGUCCGCAGAUGACCGCAUCGCAGUCAGAUGCGAUCGGCUCCGGCUCCGGCUCCGGCUCGAUGGCCGUUACCAAUAGCACGUCCUCAUCGUCAACAGCGGCAAUGAACAGCUGCAUUUUUCAGUGCAACCAAUGCGACGCGGUUUCGACCAGCCUCAAGUCGUUCACCUGCCACAUGCGCAAGCACGUGGACACGUCGGUCAAGAGCUACCUGUGCGAGCUAUGCGGCCUUAAUUUCGGCUGCGAACAAUUGCUCAACGCUCAUCUAUGUUCUCAUUACCUGGAGAGGGAGUCGCAGUACGGGUGUGGCCCAUGCGGGCGCACGUUCGUCGUGCCGGACGAGUUGCAGAAGCACCUGUUAGACGUGCACGCAAUCCACCUGUACCGCUGCGCGCUGUGCAAGGAGUUGUACGAGUCGCGCGUCGACAUUCAGGUCCAUUUCGCCGUGCACCACAGCAAUGAGGACAUCCAGUACCGGUGUCGGUCGUGCAACGCGCUGUUCGGCUCCGAGGACCAGUUCAUGUCGCACGUGCAGAUGGUGCACCUUCGCAAGCCGUCGUUCUUCCCGGCGUCGGUCGCCGAGUCCGUAUUCAACUCGACCGCAGGAGGCGGUGGUGGUGGCAGUGUCGAGCUGGCCAACUUGCGCAACAACACCGUCUUCAAGUGUCUGUACUGCAGCGACGCGUUCGAUGUCGAGUACCUGUUCGAAAAGCACCUGGAAAGCGCGCACCCUCAUCAAAGUCAGGCGCAUGCCGCGACGCUCAGCUCGCCGCCGCCGACGGCUGCCUUUCACAAAUCCGGUGGCCUUGCCGUGUCCAGUCGGUACCGAACGGCGGCGACGGUCAUCGACGAUGCCCUGGGCUGGCCGAACAACGGCGGCGUCCAGCUGGAUAUCGGACUUAACAGAGUGAAAUGUAAUAUUUGUGAUAAGAAGUGCUUGACGGUUCACGAGUUGGCGCAGCACAAGCUGUUGCACUGCAAAGUGAUCCAUUCCGAGUCAUGUAACGUCUGCUACCAGCCGAUCAGUUCGGUCGAACAGUUCUGUUGCCACAUGCGCCAACACAACGUCAAUGCGAAUCUCAUGUCGUGUAUCAUCUGCAAGCAGAGCCUCGUUUCGCCGGUAGAAAUGCAGGUACAUGCUAAGUUCCAUCUGCGUAUCGGCGCCAUACCGCAAUGCGCUGGUUGCGGCAAGGAGUGCGAUCUGAAGAGCGCGUCGUGCAGCGGCGGCGACAAGGGCGAGAAAUUACUAUGCGCGUCUUGCCAAGACGCGACGACGGCGGCCCUCAACGGCAGUACAGCAUCGUCGGACAGCGGCGCCGCGACGCUCGAUGGAGGUGGUGGAGGCGAGCUGAACGCCGCCGAGUGUCAGGGCUCGAAGGUCAAAGACGAAAACGACGAUCCAUUAAACAACCUGAAGCCGUAUCAGUGCAUCAAAUGCCAGAAAUCGUUCUCGACCGAAACCGAGAUCCACGCGCACGUCGCCACGCACGUUCUGCAGGACGGAAUCACGCACUACUGCAUGUUGUGCAAGAAAGUAUUCGACAGUCCAUCGAAACUGCAGUGCCAUCUGAUCGAGCACUCGUUCGUCGGCUGCUCCGGCUACCAGUGCUACCUGUGCGGUCUGAUGUUUUCGUUACCGCAACCGUUGCAAAGCCACAUGACCGCCAGACACAGCUUCUCUGACCGGCCGUACGACUGUUCGUUGUGCGACCAGAAGUUCUUUUUCAGAGCCGAGCUUGAGAACCACAUUCACUCGGAGCAUUCGUCGGAUGCCGAGCGAAGCGAUCAGAAGUUUAUCUGCUGCUUCUGUGGACAGUGCUUCUCGACUCUGGCCGUGCUGCAGUGCCACAUGAAUGAGUGUCCGUCGAACUGUAAACAGUCGGACGUGACGAUCACGAAUAAUAGUUCGCCGAACGUCACCGCUAACCUGACUACGAAAAGGAACAUUCCGAACAAGAAGACACCAGCCGGCUACUCGUCCGCGGUCGGCUCUCACCCGUGUCCUCACUGCCCAAAGGUUUUCAAUUCGCUGAACGCCGUCCAAGGUAAGCGUCUGCGUCCACGACAUUUCUCGUACGUCGAUAGAUACCUACAGCGAACCCGCUUUGCGUUUUUAGGCCAUUCGCACGUUCACAUGAGCGUCAAGAUCCACCAUUGCGGCAAAUGUAAAAAGGUGUUUCCGACGGCAGCAAAGUUGCGCAAUCACCAGCGCCAGCAUAAUGGCGACAAACCAUUUCCUUGUGACCUCUGCGGACGUUUCUUUUCUCGCAAAGACAACCUCAAAGUCCAUAUGAAGAUUCACUACAAAAGCAACGGCGUUGGCGACUCGCUAUCUGAUCUUCCAACGAUGGUCACCACCGUGGCUGUGCCCGCGAUUGUCAGUGACCAUGACGAACCUCGUGCCAAAGUAGCCGCCGUCAAGGAAGGGACUAGUUCUUCUGGCAACCUUGACAACACUGUUUGA